GCUUCAAACAUGGAGGUUCCUUAUCUAUACAUCUCCCUCCUCUUGCUUCUAGCUUCAUAUCUCUUCACCUCCCACUUCCGUCGCAAAUCCGCCAACCUCCCGCCAACUAUCUUCCCAACCCUCCCCAUUAUCGGCCAUCUCUACCUCUUGAAACCACCAAUAUACCGGACCCUAUCCGAUUUGUCUGCCAAAUAUGGCCCCGUUCUCCUCCUCCAACUUGGAUUCCGCCGUGUCCUCUUGAUCUCCUCCCCUUCGGCCGCCGAAGAAUGCUUCACCAAGAACGAUAUCAUCUUUGCAAACCGCCCUCACAUGUUAUAUGGCAAGUUCUUGGCCAACAACUACACUAGUCUCGUUUUUUCUUCUUACGGCGAAAACUGGCGCCACCUUCGCCGCAUUGCCUCAAACGAGAUCUUAUCUCCUGGCGGACUCAACGGAUACUGCCACAUGCGAAUUGACAAAGGCAAGCUUAUGAUCCGCAAGUUGAUGAUGACUAGUUCUUCCCCAGUGAAUAUGAAUUCAGUUUUCUAUGAACUGAUGUUGAAUGUGAUGAUGAGGAUGAUAUGUGGAAAGUGGUAUUUUGGCGUAGAUAUUCCGGAGAUGGAGGAAGGAAAUCGGCUCCGGGAAAUCAUAGAUGAGACGGAGCUGUUCAACAGUGAUUCUGUUAUCGCGGAUUACUUACCGCAAUUGAGUUGGUUUGGAAAUCGGGCGGAGAAGAGGUUUAUUGCGUUGCAGGAAAAGAGGGAUGUUUUCGUUCAAGAGCUGAUCGAACAAGUUCGUAAAUCAAAAGGCGAAACCAAGGAGAAGACAAUGAUCGAAGCAUUAUUAUCGCUACAAGAAUCAGAUCCUGAAUACUACACUGAUCAAAUGAUUCGAUCCUUAGUGAUUGUCUUUCUAUCAGCUGGCACUGAUACUUCCGUUGCAACCAUGGAAUGGUCUUUGUCUCUUUUGCUAAACCAUCCACAAGUUCUACAAAACGCACAAAGUGAGAUCGAUACAAAAAUUGGCAAAGAUCGCCUUGUUGAAGAGUCGGACAUAGCUGAACUGCCUUACAUUCGUUGGAUUAUGAACGAGACAUUCCGAUUAUACCCCGUGACCCCUUUACUGCUCCCUCACGAGUCAUCAGAAGAUUGUACUAUUGAGGGUUAUAACGUCCCACGAGGGACCAUGUUGCUUGUUAACCAAUGGGCCAUACAAAAUGACCCCAAGUUGUGGACUGACCCUGAAAGGUUCUAUCCUGAGAGAUUUAAAGGGGUAGAAGGGACAAAAGUUGGGUUUAAGCUAUUGCCAUUUGGGUCCGGAAGGAGGCGUUGUCCAGAAGAUGGGUUGGCGAUUCGUGUGUUUGGACCAACUCUAGCAUUGCUAAUUCAAUGCUUUGACUGGGAACGAUUGAGUGAGGAGAUGGUUGAUAUGAAGAAAGGUCAAGGAUUCACCAUGCAUAAGGCCGAACCCCUGGUUGCUAAGUGUAAACCACGCCCAGAGAUGCAACAUUUACUAGCCCAACUUUGAGUUCGUGUAACAUAUCUUUUUAUUCAAAUACAAGUUGG